AUGGCUGUCGCCACAACUCUAUCGUCGCGUCCUGCGCUGAGGAUAGGAACUUGUAUGGCCGUCGGCCUUUUCUUUCUUGUCACUCUUUGUACAUUCUUUUCCGACAAUGUAACAUCACCUGUUCAGUUUACGCAUCAAAAGGCUCAACAGUACUAUGACUCGUCGCAACCAAGUGUUGCUUCCUUUGUACCAACACCUAUACCACAAAGCACAACCACUCCAGAGCCUACACCGGAGGCUGCUCGUAACUGCGAAGAUCCCUACCGACGCCCGGGAUACCUUCAUAUCCCCACAGACAAGAAGGCUUACAGAGAUACACAAUGGAUUCCUUUCACCGAAAGCUUUCUCAACUCUGAGCCGCCCGAGUACGCUGCGUACCCACCCACACAUGAACUUGUCUUUAACGACACCGCCGUCGAGCCCGAGUUUCUCAACGCCGAUGGGAACCCCCAACAAUGGAUGCGCAUGGCUGUUGUCGAGAGUCGGCGUCGAUACAAAGAAGUCAACAUUCCGCCUUUGAAUGCAACAGCCGAAGACUUUGUCGACAUGAAAGAAACAAAUGGUCUAGGCUGGCUAUGGGGUCGUCGCGUAGUAAUGUUUGGUGACUCUGUUGAUCGUUACAUGACACAAUUCUUCUGCGAAGAGUUUGGUGGCAAGAUCAACCUUCCUAUCCAGGACGUUACAGCUCGCCAAGCCAAAGGGUUGUGUGAAGUCCCCGCCUUUAACCUCACGCUGAUUUACUACCACUCCGCCGGCUCGUUCACAUAUAGACCAGACUGGUGGUGGAUUGAAAACAUGAAGGACGUCGCAUGGGAGGAACGGUGGGAUAAGUUCUGGAAACCCCAUGAGACACCCAUUAAUGGUCCUGCUGGUCGUCCCGAUUUAAUUCUCUGGCAGAACGGACUUUGGGACCAAAAGGCUUUUCAACUGAGUGGCAAGGCGAUGCAUAACGAGGGUGAGAAGCCUAUGAUCUUGAACCAUCGAAAGAUGGUAUGGGAAGAAGUCCGCUUUGUAACAGCGCGAAUCAAGAAGAUUGCGCAACGUCUCAACGAUGAAUUCGGCAAAGAUGUCCCCAUCAUGUUCAGAGCUUUGACAGUUCACAAAGAGAGCGGCAUGCAAGAUGCCAUCAUGAUGGAAAUGGACCGUCUAGGAAGGGCAGUCGCUGAACAAGCUGGACACGAAAUGUUUGAGUGGUCCAAGCUAAUACAUCUUCUUGGUGAUUUAUACCAAGACGGUUUACAUCCCGGAAAGGGACCGGCGAGUUGGCUAUGGGGUAAUAUGAUGCUUGAGUCUCUGGCUAGAUCUGCAGGCUCAAAGGUUGGAGGAGAAGCGAGGGCGCCGUACUUUGACGGAUGGGAUGCGUGUCAUAAAGAGUUAUCGGGGUGGGGAGGAAGAUGA